UGCCGCUCCCGGUGCCGCUCCCGGUGCCGCUCCCGGUGCCGCUCCGGGCCAUGUCCGAGGCGUAUUUCCCGGUGGGCCCCGGGCUGGGGCUAGAGGAGAAUUUCCUAUCGCUGGACGACAUCCUGAUGUCGCAGGAGAAGCUGCCGGGGCGCGCCGAGAGCGCUCUGCCGCGCCUGGCCCUGGCGCUGGGGCAGGGGGCCGGCAGCGCCGAGGCCCUCCCGGAGGGAUCGAAGCUGGAAAUCCCACUGUGGCUUGCUAAAGGGCUGCAUGACAGCAAAAGGAGAAUCAUUUCGGUGGAGCUGCCAAAGAUCUACAAGGAAGCCUGGAGGACAGUGUUCAGUGCUGAUGCCAAUGUGGUUGAUCUGCAUAAAAUGGGGCCCUACUACUAUGGAUUUGGCUCACAGCUCCUGAAUUUUGACAAUCCGGAGAAUCCUGAGAUAGCUCAGAGUAUCCUGCAGACGUUCAUCAACCGUUUCCGUCGCAUCAUGGACUCCUCUCAGAACGCCUACAACGAGGACACGUCGGCGCUGGUGGCCCGGCUGGAUGAGCUGGAACGAGCUUUGUUUCAGGUUGGCCAGAAAGGGCUGAAUGAUUUCCAGUGCUGGGAAAAGGGACAGGCUUCUCAAAUCACAGCUUCCAGUCUGGUCCAGAACUAUGGGAAAAGAAAGUUCACGGAAGUAGAUGGUUAAAAGCCUCAAGAACACGAAGCUACAGUGGGCGACACGGAGAGAUUUGGAGCCUGUCUGUCACAGAAAAGUGAAUCAAUUUGGGGAGGGGCAGGCUCCCUGUCCAUUAAUGGGAAUUCUCUGUAACGUCUUUGGAUUGGACUAGGGCAAAUUUUAAAGGCAGAGGGCAAGGGCAUAAAAAAUAGAUCACAUGACAUCACUGAAUAGCUUUACAGCUUACUCAUUGCACUCCUGAGGAUUUGCAGAUAAAGUGUUUGCUAGGUGGCUGAAAGGCUAUGAGAGGAUUUUCUAAAAGGGUAAUUAAUAUUUAUUAUUCUUCCAAAUUGAUGUUUACAAUACCAGAUCUGGAAGAAAGUGUAAUUUAUGUAUCUUGUCUUGCCCUUCCCCUUCCAACCUCCUGGAAACAGCUCUUGAUUUCUUGAACAGCUGUUUCCAGGUUCCCUGUUCUUUGGAGAGCCCCAGUGAUGUGGAAAAAAAUGCAGUGCAAGCAGCAUUAAUUUUUUUUUUUUUUCAUUUCUUACACACUGUGGUGGAACAGGUACUCUUUGUGAGGCAGGAAUGUUUUGCUUUGCUGACUUCUGUACACAGUGCCCUGGAGAAAAAUACCUCCUCAAACCCACAUAACAAGUGGUAGCACAGGUCUCAUGUGCUGCCUUGUCCUCCUCUCUCCCUUUUUGACUCUUGUGACCUUGGUGCUGCACAGGGUAGAGAAUGUUCCUGUUUGAUGCCAGUGGCUUUUGUGAUGGUUGUGUCUCUGUGAGGGGUAUUUUAGAGGAGACAGCAGAAGGCAAGAAAAUGGAAAUUCUCCUCCAUUAUCAACCUCUGAGCUAUCUGUUUUCCCAUGAGAAAUUCUUUUGAUUACUAAAUUUGGUUAGUAGAAGGGACAGAGCAAAUGAACUGAGUUUCCUUCCUUUUGAUCCAUCUAAAUGAUCCUAGCAAAAUGACCCUAUUAAGUGUCAUCCUUGCCAGUAAAAGUGACUGGAUUUGGAACUUGCUAAACAGCACAGUGGUGGAUGCCCUUAAACCUAGAUCAUCUGAAGUCCCACUGGAUUGCAGACAGAAAACAGAUGGUUAUCUCCAUAGGACUUGGUUCCUGCAGUCAUCAGGAUGGUUGUCCUUUGGAAGCAGGUAUGAGACAUCUUAUGGGUGCUUCUAAGCCUCUGUAGAAGGUGGACCUUGCAGAAUACCUAAGUGGAGGAGCCAGAUCCUGAUGAUACUGAGCACUUCCUCUUCUGUGGGAGUUACUGGGAGGUGACACCAAGAUCCAGAUCUCUGAGGAGUUGUUACUGGACUUGCAGAUGCACCUGGAUAUCGGAUGCUUCAAACAAGCACAGAGGGUGUGUGGCCGUUCCUUGGCCAGAGAAGUUCAAGCUCAACCUGUGGAGGUGGUGAGAGGGGAGAGUGUUCUGGCUUCACAAACAUCUUGGUGACUCCACCUCAGCUGCAGGAGGCCAGUUGUCCUGCCACAGGAGACUGAUUGGAAACUGUGCCUGACAAAAGUAUUUUAAGUAUGUGGCAGGGUCAAAUGCUGCUGCACUUAAUGACUUAAUGGCACAUAAUAGCUUAUGCAUUUUCAUGAAGCUUUUGUCUGUUGUCCAUUUCUGAAUUUUUAUGCUGAAUAAAUAUUUUGUAAGGAAA